GAACCGGCUAACUGUGGCUAACCCCUUCGCAUCGGGUGCUGGAUUUAGCCAUUUAGCCACUCGUAUUAUUUUCCUUGAUUUUUCUCCGCUGCCUUCCAGGUUGGGCGGUUGGGCCAGUUGGGCCAGGCUGGGCCAUUUGGGCUCACCCACCGAUCAGUGGGUUCGCCUGUCAUGCAACAUAUACCUUGUGUCAUGUAUGUACAAAGCACUGUGAUACAAAGCGAGUCAAUCCGUUGUCACGCAACGGAUUCAACGCCGAUGCAGCACGAAGUAACGCUUAGGCUGACAGAUACCUAUGGAGCGCAACGAUAAGCCAAGAUAAAUACGAUGCCUGCCCGCCAGAUAACCGAUUGUAACAAACAAUCCACCCCGCUCAACGACCAUGUUAACCCCACGGUCUCUGGCUUUCGUUGCCGUCAUCCAGCUGAUCCCUCUGCACCACGGAGACGGCCGACUGCACGUCCUCCGAACCGAAACGGACGACACCAACCGUACCGCCGAUCCGUCCGUGGAAGCCGCAUUCGAACAGUACGUCAAGAGGUACAACAAGACCUACGCCCCUGGCAGCGCCGAAUACUCCAAGCGACUGAAUGCGUUCCGGGACGCCCUGAUUCGAAUCGAGGACCGUAACCGACACGGCAACCACAGCAACGGCGCCCUGUACGGUCUCACGCCGUACUCCGACCUCACUCCGGACGAAUUUCGGGCACUCCUCGCCACUUUUGCGCCGGCGGAAAACACGCGGACCGAGGCUAACGAGGUCGAACACGACGAUCUCCAACUAGCGCUGCCCGGUGCAACGUCUCCCAGGUAUCCGCCCAAGUUCGAUUGGAGGACUCGGGGCGUCGUGACGGCUGUCCGCAACCAGCGCGACUGCGGGGCCUGCUGGGCAUUCAGCACGGUGGAAACCGUGGAAACCAUGCACGCGCUUGCCGCUGGCACACUGACAGGAUUCAGCGUUCAGCAGAUGAUCGACUGCUCCAACAACUCGAACCAUGGCUGCAACGGCGGAGACACCUGCGCCGCACUCAAGUGGCUCAAGGUCAACCGCAUCAAGCUCGUCCGAGACAGCGUGUACCCGUUCAAGGCCGUUACCGGAAGUUGCCAGCAUCCAGCAAGUGAUGUCACGGCAGAAGUCUCGGACUACACCUGCGACCGCCUGGUCGGAAACGAGGAAAGGAUGAUCGACAUGCUUGCCAACGUCGGACCGCUGGUCGUGGCCGUGGACGCCACCACCUGGCAGGAUUAUCUGGGAGGAGUUAUCCAGUUCCAUUGCGACGCGGGCAGGAACCACGCAGUUCAGAUCGUGGGCUAUGACCUUACAGGCGAUGUUCCCUAUUACAUUGUGAGGAACUCCUGGGGUAAACAGUUUGGAAACGACGGCUACCUUUACAUAGCCGUCGGCAAGAACCUGUGCGGUAUUGCCGAGGAAGUCUCCACGGUUCGGGUCAAAAACCCAGCCGGCGGUAUUUAACGACGGAGAUUGAGGUGCGCCAAACAAGAACGCAUUUGCAUUCGAGCUUCCCGCAGGAACCCGGUAGACCAGAGUUGGUAGUCAGCGACAGCUUUUAGAAAAGACGACCGGAACAAUUUUUGAUCAACGGAAGUCGUGUUAAGCUCUUCAAGCUGUUGAUACAAUCUGUGAAAAACAAAGAUGAAAGCAAAACUAUUAUCGGGGACUUCUCUCCGAGCUAACGCAGUCAAAGCUAUUGCAAAGCAAAUUGGACUUAGCUAGCAGGUCCGCCCGACACUGGUUUACACCAUAGAUAAGAAAUUUAGCCAGUGCACCAGCCUACGAUAUUUAGCGUGCAGUAGUGAUAGGCAAUCGGGCACCUUGUUCACCUUGAUCAAACCUAUGAAGGCUCUUUGCUUCUUCCAAAUGGCCACAGAAAGCUGUUCUUGAGUAGCAUCUUCAGUUGGCUGCUUUCUACGGAUCAAAACUGAAACACGAUUGUACUGUUCAUUCUUCGGCAGCCAUAUACAAUUGUGUGCGGAGUGCAACAAACUGCCCAAACUUUUUGGGGCGACGUUUUCAGCAUUAUUUUGUUUCACUAAAUAGGGCUCGUGUCGCGGCAUGUGUGCCACACCCGGCAAUUAUUCUUUGUACAUCCCACCGGCAAUACUCAAAACUAUGCACCCACUUGCACCGAAGCACACAUAAUGAGCCAACUUGCUGCUCACGUCCUAGUAGGAGUCUCGUGAUCAAUGCUGCUUCCUAAUUGUAGUUGCAAGGGUCACGAGCGUGUUAGUGUGCCUCCAAACGGUUUAUUGGGCGUUUCCUCGUACCAUUCGUUACGAUGCCCCAUCUUGGGAACAACGGUGGGAAAACCUAGGUCAGUGGUUCUCAACCAUCGAUGUUUCGCAGACCCUUGUGGAUCUGCUGAGAUGAUGAAGAGCCCCAUUUGUGGUGACAGGAGAGGAAAGGUACAGGUUACAUAUAUUAAUGAUUUGGUAAAUUCACAUAACUUAAGGGCUAAUAUGAAGCAGACCUCUCUUGUUGACAUACACAAUUGAGAAAACUCGUCCAGAAACCAAAACAUUUCUUCUCGAUCUGAAAAAAUACAACUUUUAUUGCCGAGCUUGACUGACGAGGCAGGGCUUCGCGGACCCCAAAAGGUUUGCGGACCCCCAUUUGAGAACCACUGACCUCGGUCUUUAGCUGGGAAAGCGGUGCCAAAGUGUACGGGACGAUUUCUACCCGCAGUCUUUUUGAGGGCUUUUGCCUGUCCUUUCACCGUGCAUCAAAUGUAUUUUUCGAAGCUGCCCAAACAAUAAAAACAAAUAUUUCGGGAA